ACACGAUCUUUGGAUAUGACACGCUUUCUUUGGUCCUCCAGGUACCUUAAACGAUAUUAAUGUCCUCGAUCGGUCUCCUUUUUUUGAUGACGUUUUACAAGGUCGAGCUCCCAGGGUUGAGUACGUGGUCAACGGACACAUGUAUAAUUUGGCAUACUACCUCAUAGACGGUAUAUAUCCAAAAUGGUCAACAUUUAUCCAAUUGAUCUCACUUCCUCAAGGUCCUAAAGCUGAGUUAUUUGCUAAAGUUCAAGAAGCAACCCGAAAAGAUGUGGAGCGGGCUUUUGGAGUAUUGCAAGCUCGAUUUGCGAUUGUGAAAAACCCGGCUCUUUCAUGGGACAAGAAAAAGAUAGGGAAGAUUAUGAGAGCAUGUAUCAUACUACACAAUUUGAUAGCCGAAAAUGAACGUGAUGGAUACACUCAGUACGAUACAUCUGAAUUUGAAGAAGGAGACGUCACCAGAAGUUCACGGGUGGAUAUGUCUUAUAGUACCGACAUGCCUUCAAAUCUCGGUAAUAUGCUUGGCGUUCGGACUCAUGUUCGCGAUAGGCGUAUACAUAAACAAUUGAAAAAUGAUUUAAUUGAAAACAUUUGGAACAAAUUUGGUGAUGAAAAUUAAUAAUUAUUGUAUCUUAAUAUUUAAUCAUGUAAUAAAUAAAAUUUUAAAUUUUACAUGUUUUUAAAUUUAAUAUUUUUUUAUUGCUAAGGACUCCAAAUUGGAAAACACCAUUGGACAUACUAUUUUGAUUAGAAUCCUUAACUAUUAUAAAAAAAAAAAUUAGUUUAAUAAUCAUAAAGACUCCAACGGUGGUAACACCAUUGGAGAUGCUCUAAGAACUUGCUAUUUAUUUAGGUGGUCAGUAAUAUAGGUUCUCCAAUUUUAUUGUCACUACUAUUUAUAUUUCAAUAUUAUAUCUAUUUAUAAAAAUAUAAAUAGUAAUUUGAAUUAGAAAUGAAUAAAACUUGUAAUUUAUUAUUUUUAUUAUCUAAAAUAUGUAUGGGAUGAUGAAAAAUGUGAAAUGAAUUAAAAAUUGUUAAACUUUAGUUAUUAUCCAAAAUAUUUUUUUUUUACAUAUUUUGGUUAUUUUGAAAAUAUAUUAUUAAUCUUAACAUCACAUUUUUAUAUUUGUUAUUCAAAUCAUGUUUAAUAUUUUAUUUCUGUAUUAUUUAAUUUUUAUAAUUUAUUUUUACAUUGUUUUCUAUGUAAAUAGGUAAUAAUUAUUGUUAUAGGCCAAUGUAAAAAAAACCUUUCUUAUUUUAAAACAAAGUUUUUUGCCUAGUUUUAAAGACAGAUUUACGUUCUAAUAAACCAAAAUACUCAAUUACAACAAAGAACAUGACAAAGGUGUAUUGUGGGUGGUUUUUUCCUUUGUCGUUCAACUCCUCUUUCUUUUUAUAUGAAGUGAUGUAGUACUAUUUUCUGUAUUUUAAUAUUUUUCUUCAAUAUUUCUUUAAGCUUUUCUAAUAAUGUCUAUAAGCUUGUUAUAAUUUUAAUAUAAAAAUUUAUGACGUUACCAUAAUGUUCGUACUUUUAUAGAUCCAACAAUAAGCUAAUCCUUCUACAUAAGAGACUGACUAAUUUUUAAUCUUAAAACUAUUUAAAGAAAAGUUAUAGUCCAAACUUUAUUUUGAUGUACCAUAUAUUUAAAGCGAUAGUUUAGAUAAUUGAUGAUCAAUAACUUUAAAAAUUUAUAAUAUUUUGUGUAAAUCAAAUACUUUCGAGUCAGCAAUACUUAUUUGUGUUAAUGAGUCAAAAACUCCAUAUAUUGUUUUUGGAUAGUCAAAAACAAUUCAAUAGACCAAAGCUUUGGAAUAUUAUUUUUGAAUGAGAAAAUGAACAUGUCUCUGGAAAAAUCCAAGUCUCCUUGUAAAUAUAUAGUAACCGUGACUUUUAAAAUUUAUAUAUAUAUGAAGACAUAAAUAAUUUAAACGGCCAGUUAUUCCAAUCAGUUACCUAAACCACAUCCAUGUAAAACCACUUUUUCACUCGCAUCGUCCUUCAGCUUUGUUGCAUGUUUCAGCCCGUCCUUCUCUUGAUCAGGACAGUCCAAUACGUAGUUAUGAUCAUAUCCGAUACCCACCUCUCUUGUAGACUCGCCUAUCCAUUUCUUGUGGUGAAAGCGAAAGGAGAUCCCUUUCCCGUAAGGAUCUCGCAUGAUCUGUGUGUUGAUCCACAUGGGUGAUAUGUGGACCCCAAAUCUGUAUCAUGUGGUCAAGAAUGUUCCAUGAGUCAUUAUCCACCAAGUUCCAGUACGUAUUCUGAGCUAAGUUAAUCGGAGUGUUUUUGUUCUCUGCAGAUGCCUCCAUGUUAAGUUCCAUGGUAGUUUCUGACAUGAGAAUGUAUGUCGGUGUGUUAGAAACUGCACCAGGAUAACCUAUCCAAAAGGUAUAAGAUAAAUGAUGAAAAAAGAUCUUUUCCGCAACGUUAAUCCCAUAUAUAGAUGUAGGGACCUUCUUCUUGACCAGAUAUGUGAUAUUUGAAAGUGAUGAAAGGUCUUUCACCAUCUUCUGCUACGUCCCAUAUUUAUGAGUAACAUUUAUGUUUUACACAUAUCUGAUGAACUUUGCAAAAUGCUAUAUAAUCAUACAAAAGAAGAGAUAAGUGUUACGUACCAGCAUAUAAGCCUCAACUCCCAUAUUUAAAACUGUAUUGUGUAAAUAAACCCACAGUGAUUUUCAAUGUCUGAGAAUAUAAUUUUAACAGAAGAUUUUACAUUUUGAAUAGUUUUUCUUAGAGAAUUUAAAGUAUACCUGGAUGGAUUUCUCUUACUAUAUACCAUAUUUUUGAUGUUAUAAAAUAUAUUUACAAUUUUGUGAAACCAAAAAUGAAUUGCACUGCUAACACCAAAGAAGAAAAAUGAAGUAUGAUAUUAUUUUCUUCGGCUGUUAAUUUACGCCUAUGUUAUACUUUUGUAUAUUUAAUUUUCAUUUGAAAUUUUGAAUAACAUUUAUGAAAGUCUUGAAUUAAAAUACUAUUAAAUGGUAUUGUGGUGAGUAUUAAUUUUCCUACAUUAUUUUUGAUUAGUUUAUAAAAGUUAUUAGAUGGUUUCUCGGACUACGCUCUUGUUUUCCUUAUUAUUUCUGAUUUAUUAAACAUUCAAAUUUAAAUUUAUAAAUUAAAUCUGAUUAAAUGCAAAUAAGAGAUAUGAAAUGUUUUUAGUAUUUUAUUCUUGUAAUUAUUAGGAUGGUGAGGAAAAUUAAAAAAAAUAAUUAAAUGUUAGUUUUGAUUUAAAUACUUUAUUUAUGUUUUAUGUCAAACAUUCAUCAAAUUUACUACUGGUUUUUAAUUUUGUUUGAGUUUAGAAUUAUUAAUUUCUAAUUUUUUGUUUGACUUUAGAAAUACCAAGUGCCAGUUUCUGAUUAGAACCAAUGAUUAAUUGAAAUUUUUUUACAAACCAAAACGAACCCAUUUCAUGACUGGAUCGACAAAAUACAACAGUUCUCCAAGAAAUAUCGCAUAUUUCCUAACAUAGUUAGUGAAAAUGUUCUUCACACUUUUACAGCUUUGAGAUAAUGUAGGACAUCAUUUUUAGUUUGAGGUUUCCAGUUUCUACAUUGCACAAAUACAUGUCACUAACUCGCACUCAUUGAAAUCCACACCAGCUUGGUUUAUGGAUUCUGUAACCGAAUAAGUAUUAGUCUCAACACACAACUUAUUAAAUCAAUACCAGGUAUAAAAUAUUAACAUCUUCAACAGAACAAUUUGGGUGCCGAACAAAGCAUAUGCACAUAAUAAUAUGAAAUGGGUAACAAAAAGUUUGGAAAAGAGAAAGAGAAUUAGCUUCCUUUGAGAAGAAAGUUUACUGUAACCAUCAUCUCUAUUUGUCAUCAUCUUUGUCUAUAUAUCUAAAGACUUAGCAACACGGUAAAAAAAAUUUUGUUUUGCUAAAACACGGUAAAGUUAAGAGAAUAUGGCUCUUAUAUGAUCAAAACUCAUAUGCUGCUGACGGGAAAACAUUAGGGAUUUGAAAAUCAACAAAGUUGAUUUUGUACCUUCGAACCGUGGAUUAACACCGAGUUGCAGCUCAGACAGACCUAAUUGUACACCAGGAGCUGAUUUCCUUGCAUGGCAAGCCUAAAAAUUAAACCAAAUAGGCAAGCAAACAUAUUGAUUCAUAUUCAAAAGAAAACAUGUUGAUUUAUACAUAAUACUGACCGUUGAGUGUAGCAGGAAGAGAGAGAAUAUUGUUUAUCUUUUGAUCAUAAUAAACAUAUUCAUAUCCAAUCUUUGGAUCUUUCCCUGAGAAAAUGAAUAUACAUCAGUAUAAACAUCAGUACCUAACGCCAAUACAAUCAAUAAAGAUACCAAGACACCAAAACAUACUUGCCCCUUUUCUCGAUUUCACACCUACAGUAAGAAACACACAAAAGCCAUCACCAAAAGUUUUCAUAAUGCUCCGUGUUAUUUCGCGAGGAAGAGAAUGAUACCCAAACGUACCCGUAUUAACAAUAACUUUAGCAUCAUCCCUGCUCAAGGCCACCUUGUAAUUACUUUUGAGGUUGUCUAGCGCUGUACAGAAAAAGAGUAGAAACCAUGUGUGUCCUCUCUUAGUUAGUAUUAGACUCAAAAUGCAGUGAGGUUUAUCGAGAUCAUAAGCUAUCUUCUACAACUAAAAGAACGAGUGAGAUCAAACUCAAAAUAAAACGUAACGGGUUGUAAUGUUACAUUGGCACACUCCUCGACGUAAGAAGGGUGAUUCGAAUGCAAUAUAGGGCCACUGGAGACUUGCCUGAGAUUUGAACCGAUUUCAUGAUCAUCGAUUGGUUUAUGGAAUGGAGGUUGCAGAAUUUUGUUUAGUGAAAGCUUAGAGCGAAGGGUUUAUAUAAGAGGAAAGAGAGAGGGAUGGAGGUGGAAGGUUAGCAUCGCUCAUUGAAUGAGUCGUCAUAACAACAUCGUAACAGCGAUUUGCAGAUAAGACGAUGAGGAAGUGGGAGCGGCAGCAUCGCUUGCUACAAAUAUUUAGGUUGGAAGGAUAAAUGGUCAGAUUAUAAUGAAUCAGAUAUAAUUGUCAUAAGCCCAAUUACAAUGACCCGGUAAAUUCUGUGUCAAAGAACGUUUGACGUGGCAAAUCAACAUCUUCUGAUUGACUGAUUUUUUAAUCUGAGGUGACAUGUUUCUCCAUUGAGUAUAUUAGUCUUUUAGUAUUGUUAGAUUUGCAACUCUUUGGUUUAUUUAAAUUUUGUCAUUUUGCUUUUAUGGAUAAUGUGUCUUUGUCUGGAAAAUUAAAUGCGAGUGUAUAGUAAAGCGAGUUUUAAAAAACUCUUACGACAGUAUUGGAACCGUUAAACUGAUAGGAACUGUAGAUAAUUAUUUUUCAGUGAAAAAAAGUUAACAGUAAGUUAAUAUAUAAUCUUAUAACUCGUAAACAAAAACGUGAUUUGUAUCUUUGAUUUUUUUUUUUAAAACGUGAUUGGUAGAUUAGAAUGUUUUUUGACAUCUAUUGUUAAGAUAUUAUUGAAAGAAGCAGGAAAACAAAUCGCUGAAUAAAAACUCGAUUUUUCCUUGUGACUAAUUACUUAUUUCUAUAAUUCUUAUUUUCAUGAGUUAUAUCUAUCUCUCUUCUGUAAACUAUAAUGGAAUCCGAUGAAGGUGAAUGCGCCACAAAAGUUAUGCCAUCUUAUAUGACAAUUAAUAUCCGGACAGGUGGUUGUAACAAGGAAUCUGGUACGCCGUAAUAUGCGUUGUGAUAAUUACUGCCCAAGAUGUGGGGCACCAGAAGAGACCGUUACUCAUGCUAUCUUUGAGUGCCCUCCGGCCUUACAAGCAUGAAAAUUAUCAUCAACCCCGACGAGUUCUGAAAUCUUUCCGGUACCAAGUAUUUAUGCUAAUAUGGACUAUAUUUUUUGGAGAAAGAAUAGUAUUUUGGAGCCUGAGGAUGAUCGAGAUCCUUAUCCUUGGAUAAUUUGGUAUAUCUGGAAAGCUAGGAAUGAUACACCGUUUAGAGGUAUAGACAGAGAUCCAUUGGAGCUAGUUAGGUAUGCAGAGGGAGAGUGUAAAGCUUGGUAUAAUGCAAGAGAAACUGUACCGAAUCUGCCAAAUGCACAGAAUAAUGAAGAAACACAAGUCUUAAGCUUGAGUAAUAUUUGUAUGGUGGAUGGUUCGUGGACUUCCACAGCGCAGUUUAGUGGAAUGGGAUGGGUUUGGCAGGAUACUUUGGGGAAGAUACAGCUCAUGGGAUCAAGGAAUCUGCGGAGGAGGGAGACAUCACUACACUCGGAGCUGGAAGCGUUAAAGUGGGCAAUGGAGAGUAUGCUACAACACUCGACCUAUCAGAGGUUUGGGACGGACUGUAAGGACAUGAUUGCAAUGAUAGAGCAGCCACAAGAUUGGCCAAACUUCUCAACUGAGCUGGAAAUCAUUCAAACUCUUUGGUUAUGUUUUUCGGAUUUCAAGAUAAGCUACGUUCCAAGGACGCAGAACGAGAUUGCGGAUUCGUUAGCUAGGAAGCACGUUCUUUUCAUAGAUCCUUAUGUUUUAUUGGUUGUUCUAUUCCGGUCUGGCUUCCCAGACCACCUCAAGUUUGAAUAAUAGAAUAGCCGUUUGCCGUCAAAAAAAAAAAAAAAAUGGAAUCUGAUAAUUGCUUGUUCACAUUGGAUAGCGUUUAAAGAUUAGUCGGUUUGUUACCUACCCACCUAAACUGCUUUUUUUUAUAUGUAAAAUCAUAAGAGCAGGUCCAUUCCCGAUGGUAAGAGGAGUUCUUGUAGGGCUCCUAACACAAAAGAAAAAAAAAUUUAAAUCAAAAAGCCCAAAAAAUAGCAGAACCGCCCUUUAUUUUGGCUUUUUGGAGUUGGUAAGAACCGCAUACGUGGCAGUCUCUCAUUGCACCGCACCAGUUUUGUCUCUCUCUCUUCGUCGGGGUGUUGACGAAAGCAUAGUUGUGUCUUGUUUCUCGGUGUCUCCGUCGUCUCUCUCAAGUCGAUCUUCGCUCUCGGAGUCUCCUUUAUCUCCGUCGGUCCAUCUUCUCUGUCAGUCCGUCGGCUCUCUUGCUCGUCGAUGACUCCGCCGUCUGUCUCACUCUUGCUUCUAUGUCGAUCCGUGUUCUCUGUCGAUCGGUCCGCCUUCUCCGUCGUGAUGGGUUUCGCGUCCACUUCCUCCACGAAGCUUCUCUUCCGGCAGCUCCGUCGUGUUGGGUUUCACUGACGUCUCUCAUCCUGAGUGUAAGAUCACAUUCGAUCCUUGUUUGUGUUCUCUGUCUAUUUUGCGAUCCUUGUUUGUCUUCUUGAGAUUGAUAAAUGUGAUCUGAUUGUCUUUUUUGAGAUGUGUUUUACAAUCUUAGAUCAGGUUCAUGUUUUAGAAUACUUGUUUGUGUUCUUGAGAUUGAUGAAUGUGAUCUGAUUGUCUUUGGAAUAAUCUCGGCUCAAAUUGGAAUAAUAUCGGCUCAAAUUGGAAUAUUUUGCGAUCCUUUUUGUGUUCUUGUAAUUGGAAUAAUCUCGACUAAAAUUGGAAUGUGGUUCAAUCGUAUCAAUGGUUUAGUUUGCGAUGGAAUAGUUUUAGCUGCAAAUAAAAUAAAAAAUUCAAUGGUUCAAACAUGAUUAAAGAUUCAUGCAUAACGUUCUGUUCUUAAUAUAUGCUUUACUUGUUUUUACUCUGUUCAAACCUCUGUUUUCUCAUACAUUUUAGUCUGUUCUUUCUUUGUUGGCUGUGGAUAAGGGUUGGUGUUGUGUGGAAGAGGCAGUGGAGUGUUUCAUUCAUUACGGAACCCACGCGAGUCUCUCAGAAACGGAUAUAACUUCAUCAAAGCAAGAGGUAAUUACUCUUUUCUUUUAAGAAGAUGUUAGAUAUUUAUUAGGUUGAAUUAAAUGGAAUUGAUUGUAUGAUGGUAUUUGUUAGUUGCGUGUCUAGAUAUUGGUAGGUUGAAUGGAUUUACAUUUAGUUUUCUUGGUUGUUAUAGUUAUAGGUAAAGGCAUUGAUUGCCAUUAAAAACACACUAAACUCUCCUUAAGGUUGCAUUUAAAAUCGAGCAACUCUCCCCUUCUCUUUUCAUAUCUGCUUCUUCUUUCAUUAUUCAUAUCUCCUUCUUCUUCGCUAUGGAUCCAUUUAGUCAACCCGGUAGCUUUCAAAACCUCUUAAACAGUCAACACCCAAACAUCUCCUUCUCCUUUGUGACUCGUGAACCUAGUUUAGAACUGUCUUCCUCGGAUACCUCUGUCUUCGGAACACAGUGGGCUGAUGAUGGAAAAGAAGAUGAAGUCGUGGUGUCUGACCGUAAAGAAAGGAGGAAGUGGACACCAACUGAAGAUAUCGUUCUCAUAGGAGCUUGGUUGAACACAUCCAAAGACCCUGUCAUGGGUAAUGAGCAGAAGACAAUUGCGUUUUGGAAACGGAUUGCCUCCUAUGUUGCAUCAAGCCCAAAGCUCUCUGCUUUGCAAAAGAGAGAUCCUAGCCACUGUAAACAAAGGUGGGGGAAGAUCAUCGAGGGUGUUUGUAAGUUUGUUGGGUGCUAUGAAGCUGCAACUAAAGCCAAAUCGAGUGGGAUGAAUGGGGAUGAUGUCUUGAAGAUGGCUCAUGAGAUCUUCUUUACUGACUACAAGGCCAAAUUUACACUCGAGCAUGCCUGGUUGGAGCUACGCCACGAUAAAAAAUGGUGUGGAGUUACUAAAGAGAAGGUAAGCUCCAAAAGAAGAAAAUUGGAUGAUGGAUCCGCACAGUCAUCGACCUCGGUGCCAGGUUGCGAUGGAGAGGGGGAAGCCAUGGCUCGGCCUGCUGGUGUCAAAGCAUCAAAGGCCAAAGCUAAAACCAAGGCAACGACUUCGGAAGAGGCAAUGGAGUUUCAGAGUCUGUGGGAAAUAAAACAAAAGGAUUUUGAGUUCAAGGACAAGCUUAACAAGAAAAAAUUGCUUGAUGGCCUCAUUGCCAAGACAGAGCCUCUUUCUGAUCUAGAAAUCGCUUUGAAAAACAAAUCAAUAUCUGAAAUGUUGCUAAGUUAUAAUGGGAAGUUCGUUUGGUUUCUCUUUUCUGCUUAAUCUCGGGUCUUUAUGCUUAAGUUUGGUCUGUAUGCUGGUUUAGCUUAAUGGUUAAUGUCGGGUCUGUAGUAUGUCGGGUCUGUAGUUUGUUGUUGUCUUGUUAUGUAUAAUAUUUCAUUUUAAUGCUUAAUGCGUUUAAUUAUCUCGUCUUGGUUAAUGCUUAAUGUCUUGGAGUAUUGUGAAUAUGUCUGAUGCAAGUCUCUUUGUUUUAUUGCAGACGAAGACAGUUACCAUGUGCGCGAGAUCACACGAGACAGACGAAGACGAAGACACUUACCAUGUGACUGAAGAAGACAAUAUGUCUAAGUUGAUGUGUUUUGUAUCUCGUGAAGUUGUACCAAACUUGUGUGAUAUGUUACGCGUUUUUGGUAGUUGUACCAAACAAUUUUGGUAGUUGAUGUGUUUUGUAUCUCGUGUAGUUGUACCAAACAAUUUCGAAGAUGUCUUUAUAAACUUGUGAGAAACAAAUUCUCUUCUUCACAACACAAAUCAAACAACAACAACACGAGCAAAGCUUUACAAAUUCUCUUCCUAUUGUUUUGUUUUGUUUCCUUUACAAGUUUAACCGAGAAUUUCAUUCUUCACUUUUCAUUUCCAAAGCUUUAAAAAUUCUCUUCUUCACAUCAUUCUUCCCAUUUCAUUUCUAAAGCUUUAAAUAGCAUCAUCUUCUUAUAAUAAUUUGGAAGAAAUUGAUUAAAGAUUUGAUGAAAGAUUCGACCAAAUUUUCGAUCAACAAUUCGAAAAUCUUCUCAUUCGUAAUUAAGCCCGUCAAGAAGCAUCAAGGUAAAAAAAAAAAGAGC